AUGGAGGACUUCAACAGCGAAACAGAUAGCGACUACACCAGCUACUGGAGAGACUGGUUCGUCUCUUCCCGAGGUAAUGAAUACUUCUGUGAAAUCGACGAGGACUACCUGACGGAUCGGUUCAACUUGACCGGCCUCAAUACCGAAGUUCCCUACUAUCAGUAUGCCCUCGACCUCGUGACCGAUGUCUUCGACCUGGAUGCGGACGACGACCUGCGAGAGCAGAUCGAAAAGUCCGCUCGUCAUCUUUAUGGCUUGGUUCACGCACGGUACAUUGUUACAACACGGGGUCUUGGAAAGAUGCUAGAUAAAUACAAGAAGAGCGAAUUUGGCAAGUGCCCGCGCGUCAUGUGCGAUGGACAUCCUCUGCUCCCUGUGGGCCAAUCCGACCUCCCCAACAUGACCACCGUCAAGCUGUACUGCCCCAAAUGCGAGGACAUCUACAACCCCAAGUCCUCGCGACACGCCUCGAUCGACGGCGCCUAUUUUGGCACCUCGUUCCACUCGAUUUUGUUCCAAGUGUACCCGGCCCUGAACCCCGAGAAAAGCGUGCGCCGGUACGAGCCCCGCAUCUACGGCUUCAAAGUGCACGCUGCCGCAGCCCUCGCCCGCUGGCAGGAUAACUGUCGGGAGGACAUGAAGGCACGAAUUGGCGAUUUCGGCUUGGCCCAAAAGUUCAUUGAGGACAGCGAGAGUGAAGACGAGGGUUUCGAGUACGGCGAGGAGUAUUCGGAGCAACCCGCCAAAACCGAGAAGGUCCUCGGCGAUACGGCGUCUGGUCGUAUGGAUCUCGGCAAAUGA